AAUACGGUUCGGUUCCUGUCAAGAACCGAACCGGAACCGAACUGGUUCUGUAUAAGUAGAACCGAAGAACCGAGAGGCAGAAGAUUGCAUUUAGCGAUUUUGGCUAUAAUGAAAGUUACGAACAAUGUUAUUCCGAAAAGACCACGAAUAAAGAAGAGAAGGAAACAACACUUUUUCUGA